AUGAAUGUUCAGGUGUCCCAAUACUUUUGUCCUCUUGUACUGUGUUUGUUAAGGUGGUGUUGUGUGUUUUGCUGUGUUGUUAUAGGUGUAAUGGAAAGGUCAGUGUUAUGGGGCAGCUCUCCUCACAGGUGCCUGUUGGCGUUCACCUCCGCCCUCCUGCUGUGCGAGAUUGUGAUUGGACGGCUCUGCAACUCCCUCAUUAACAUGGUGGACAGUUUCCACACCCUCUACAUCCUCAUCCACCUAACCCUGCUGCCCCUGGAGAAGCUGACUGGAGUUACUGUGACCUCUGACCCCACCACAUCCACGGACCCCAGCCAAUCAGAGCCACAGGAUCCCACCACUACCACCGCUGAUGGGCCCACAGUAACUGACUCAAAACCAGUGCCAUCUUCAGAGACCACCCAGCCAGGUCACAUGACCUCUGGAACUGUUGUCUCUAAAGCGGAUCAGUACAGUUUGUGGCGCGCUCAGCCUUUUGGGGCGGUACUCUCAGCUCUGCUGCUGAUCUCUCUGUGUAUCUCCAUCAGUCUCCAAGUCAUCAGCAGUACUCUACAGGCCCUUACAAUAAAGCGUCCUCUGCUGGCCACUGUGAUCGGUGCAGCCAGUCUGAUGUUCAACUCGGCCAUACUGAUUUGGAGAGGAGGCCGAAAAAUGGAUGUAGGAGUUGGUGCUAGGCUUAGCAAGGACCUGAUUGAGACCCAAAAUGAGAACGUUGCUAUAUCAAAUGAUACAGCUAAACCUCAUAGUCAGCUUAGAUGGAGGAAUUCCAGCAGGUUAAAGAUGUCAAGUGAUCCUGAUCAUUCUGCUCCAGAAGAUCGUCUUCAUAAUGGCGUUCUGAUGUUCUGCAACCCUGCAGUACCCAGUGUGCUGAACCCGGACCAGAACUCAGCACACAGAGAAGACUUCUCAUCCUCUCUCUCAUGCACUGAUCUUCCAUCAGCCCCCACCACUGACUCUCUCCAACAGUCAAACCAUGCACAGAACUCCAUCUCCCAUGAUGCUGGUGACCAGCAGACCCUCCAGCUAACUGAGACGCAGAAUGAAGAGGGUAAUUGCACGGCCUGUAUCGGCCAAACUGGCAGGAGUGAGCUGGUGAACUGCAGGCCUAAAAGGCAGCAGAGGAGAACCUGCGUAAAGGGCACCAUCACUGUGAUCCGUGGCCUGCUGAGUUCUGUUCUGGUUCUGGCCAAUGGCCUAAUCUUUCUGCUGGCCGGUGCCGGCUGCCUGCAGCCUCGGUCAGACUGUCGUUACCUCCGGUACCUGGACCCAGCGUUCUCUGUGGUUACAGUACUGGUGCUGAUCGGCACCACCCUGCCGGAGUUCUGCCGCCACGCUCUGGUGCUGCUCCAGGCCACUCCAUCACACCUGCGCAUGGAGGAGCUGACGGCCAGUAUCGGGCAGGUGCCAGGUGUGUUGGCAGUUCAUGAACUGCACGUGUGGCAGCUGUCGGGGAUGCACCUCGUGGGGUCGGUGCACGUUCACUGCCCGUCUGGUCUGAGGGCUGUAGAGUGCUCUGAGCUCCUGGUGACCGUCACAGAGGUACUGAACCGGUUCGGUGUAAUGGACUGCACCGUCCAACCAGAAUUCAUCACUGAUCCCAGUGACGAUCCUCACUGUACUGGUACUGGGACUGAAAUGAGGGCGGGGUCAGGGGCGGGGUCAGUGGUGCCAGACACCGUGGACGCUGCAGUGCAGGCACACUGUAGCCUGCAGUGUGGAAAGGAGUGCGCCAAGAAGAUGUGCUGCUCACCUGCACAGGUGCGCCCCUGCUCUAGAGCACUCUCUACUGCAGAUAUGCUGGUAAAGCAACAGGACAUUGUCUUGGAGAACCCAUACCUCUAAUACUGGUGUUUACUGAUGUUUACCUCAAAAGUAUUAUUUAGACUGUAAAAAGAAUAUGUUUUUAGUAAUAAAUUGUUAAAUAUUUGGGGUUUUAUGGUUUUAUUGUUGCAAAAGACCACAAACAUAUAUCUUAAAAAUGAUUUCUUAAUGAACAGUUAUGUUCAUUUAUUAAUUAUACAACUUUAGAAUGUCCCUAGUCACCACCUCUGUCCAGCCAGACUCCAGGGCUACAUUCACAUUACCAGGCUGAAACGAAUCAAAUUAGAUUUUUGCAUUAGUCUGAUACAGAUCUGUUAUGUUUCAGGGCAAAAAUUGAAUAUAUUUAACACAUCACUUCAGCCUGAUAGUGUGAACAUAGCCCCCCAUAUCUGUUCCUUGAUCAGAUAUAUGUCGUGGCCAUGUGGCCGGAAUGUGAAUGGUUAGAUCGAAUUUCAUGUGUCUUUUCGUGCUGUCAUCAUCAGCCACCAGCCACUGUGCUGAACUCUGACUCCCCUUAACAUGGGCUCUGUGAAGGUGUCAAAUCUGAUUUUUUAAACCUGAUUUUUUGCCUUAGUCUGAUACAGAUUUGAUUUGUUUCAGGGCUGUGACUUUAGCUGGGUUCACAAUCUCUAUAAACAGCAUUAGGUGUAUGUGACCAAAGAUUUUAUAAUAAAUCUAAAAUACUCCUGAUCUCACCAAAAAACAUGAAAAAACAGAAAUACAAUCUAAUUUUGCUAAUGACGAAAAAAACACCACUAGCUCAGGCUUAUUAAACCGGCUGAGCCUAAGGUAUGUUUUAGUUUAUACAAGCAUGAUCAACCUGACCAGACCAGAGAGUAAAUUUUGACUGAUAAAAAAGCUGGUUAAGCAGCAAACCUUCCAGUAUAGUUUAGUUUUUUUUCAUCAGGAUUAGCAGCCUUCAACCAUCAAAGAGCAACUGGGAACAACUUUUAGAUGG